UGGACUUGCAUGCACCUUGAUGUUUAUUUCCGUGAGUGAUUAUUGAUUUACCAAUUUUAUUAGAAACACUGAAUCAUACAACAAGAGAGGUUAGGUCUCCUAGUAUUUAAACAUCAGGAACUCCAUCGAUCUAUAUAGUUGUGAUAACCAAAGUAGCACAAAAGGGGAACAAAAAGAAAAAGCUCAAAAAUUGUUCAUUUUUUGACAGCCCAUAAACUCAAAAUGCAGAGAUCCACCUCUCAACUAGGAGUGUUCUUCUUCAUGUUGUUGCUUGCAGUCUCCUCUUGUUUUGCGAGGGAGAUGGAAGGAAGAGAAAUUGUCAAACCAUUGGAGUCGACCAAUGCGGGGAACGAGCCAUGCAAAAAGAUUGAUGACUGCAAUGCGAAAUGUGCGAGAAGAGGAUGCACUCCUUAUUACUGCAGCCCUUUGGGAUGGUGUUGGUGCAUAUUACCAAUAUCUAAGGGCAUUGCUCAAUGUUAUUAAUUAUUAAUUUGCUCUUUGUAUACGUAUUACUUCUUUAAUAAUUAUCAUAUUUCGAUAGAUAUAUUUCGAUUCGGAUUCGAUCCUAUGAAAUAUUUUAAGUACAAAGAAAAAUUGAACCGAAACUAAAUUUGGACUACUCCAAAAAAAUCAAACAUACUUUGGUCCAAUUUUUUCCACUACAAGAAAAACUGGCUAUAGAAGCAAUGUUUAUUUGCAUCUAAAACUCAUUUAUUUGUUUCUGUAUACCUUUUGAAACAAAUAGAUUAUUUGCAU